UUUGAAAGCCGACGUUUUGUUUUCACGUGUUUACCAAUUUUCUGCCAAAUCCGAGUACCGACCGAGCUGUUAUGAAAUCGAGCAACAAAAUACACACAUCCGAGCUGCACAGGUGACUCCCACGUUUGGCCGUUUUUUUUUUCGGAAUUCAAUUUUUCCCUAUCCGUAAGUAAACAGUGAGAGGGCCGGAUAUCGGUGCGUGAUUCGCGAAUAAUAAUCAUAAAAAAAAAAACGGGACGAAACGGUGCGAGCGGACCAUGUCGUCGGCCCAGACAUCAGAGAGCGAUGCGUGGGCCCUAUUAUCGUUGAAAUCGGCCCCGGCGAGCCCCUCGAAACUGCAGUGGAGCCCCGAGGACCGGGGCGACGUAAUAGCCCGCAUCGAAGCCAAAGAAUUCGAAUAUUUGGUACGGCAGAAUCGGAUAGUGAUCGGUAGGAACAGUUCACGUGGUGAUGUCGAUGUAAAUAUGGGACAUUCGAGUUUUAUUUCGCGGAGACAUUUGGAGGUCUUUUUCGACCAUCCGUACUUUUAUAUGAGCUGUAACGGGAAGAACGGGGUGUUUAUCGACGGCGUGUUCCAGCGCAAGGGGGCCCCAUCGAUCAGGCUGCCCAAGGCGUGUACCUUCCGGUUUCCGAGCACCAACAUCCGCUUGUCCUUCCAAUCGUUGGUGGACGAUGGUUUGGACUCGACCGCGCCGAAUAUCCGCGAGGUGUCGCCGGUGCGCAUCCGCGAACGGGCCGGCGGGGGCGGAGGCUCCGGGGGCGCCAUGCACCCCCUUCGCAUCAACAUACCGGAGGGUGAGUUCGGAAGUCCGUUCCCGUCGCCUACCGGAACUAUUAGCGCGGCCAAUAGUUGUCCGGCUAGUCCCAGGGGACACCAUGGUGUCAGUAGUCAUAGUAAAAGGAACGUGCAGGCCGACCUGCAAAUGGUGGCGGCGUACGCGGCCGCCCAGGUGGCUCAUCGGGAAGUCGGAGACCAAGUGCAACAAAGUCACAGUCCAGACUAUCGACAUAAUACUUCCAAUGGAAAUGCUACACCGUCCUCCAUGAUGAACGAGGGCGGCAGUUACGUGGCGGGGGGCAGCAGUAGCAGUAGCGGGGGCGGCAACAGUAAAGACGACUCGAAACCGCCGUUUUCUUAUGCCCAACUGAUCGUGCAGGCGAUCGCGAGCGCCCACGACAAACAGCUCACCCUUUCCGGGAUCUACAGCUACAUAACCAAACAUUAUCCGUACUAUAGGACGGCGGACAAGGGCUGGCAGAACUCGAUUCGCCAUAAUCUUAGUCUCAAUAGGUAUUUUAUAAAGGUUCCGAGAAGUCAAGAGGAGCCGGGCAAAGGUUCGUUUUGGAGGAUCGAUCCUCAAUCGGAGAACAAACUGAUAGAGCAAGCUUUUAGGCGCCGGAGGCAACGGGGCGUUUCGUGCUUUAGGGCUCCCUUCGGUUUAAGCUCAAGGAGUGCACCGGCCUCGCCCUCACAUUUGGGAGGGAUCUCGGACGUGAUGACGCCCGAUUCUUUGUCUCGCGAAUGUUCCCCGACGAUGGAACACGGCAUCGAGAUGAUCAGCAGUCAGUCGGCCCCGGGGUCGCCUGGAUCAGCGUCGGGGGGCGGAGGGGUGGCCGCACGGGCCGGUACCGGCGCGAUGAUCGGCCACCAGCAGAUGUCCGCCCUGGUCGGCUCGACGAAAGCCGGUUUGAUGCUGCCUCAGCACCAUCAGGAACAACAACAGCAGCAGUAUAUCGAGCAGCAGGUGGUCAUCGAACGGCCUUCGUCUAAUGGGCAACAGAUCGAGUAUAGAGAAGAAAAAUUCCUUCCAAACAUGGAGGAGCGUUCCAUGUCUCCGGGGGCAUUUUCACCUCAACCUGUCAUCGUCCAAACUGCAAACUACACACCUUACGGGGGAAACAGUUACAACAGUGUCGGUUUAGACGUGAAGAGACACUUAGAGGAACAGAGUAUCGGCAGUCCGAGCAGUUCCGGCGAACUGGAAGAACCCGAAAUUAAGCGACAACGCCUCAUCCAGCCCAAAUACGAGACCGAAUAGAUGUGCAGGACCGGGCGUUGUUGUUUUUUUUCCUUUAAAACGCAAACAGUAUAAUAAACAUGCAGUUUCCUGUUUUUUUUUUUUGGUCCUCAUCAUCAUAUGUUUUGUGCCCAGCCAGUGCGCGUUUUCGACGAAGUGUUUAACGCAGAGUGAGAGAGAGAGACGACGAUGAGAGGAGGGAGUAAGAAUUUGACGUUUUUUUUCUUUUCUUAAAUUUUGUUUUAUUUUUUUUUUCUUGUAAUUGGGGUAAUUUGGAGAGAGAGUACAAAAUUUACGCGGCAACUUACUUUAUACACACGGUAUGUCUAAAACCUACUUUUUUUUACGCAGUUGCCGUUUCUCUUUAAUGAAUUCCUCAUUAAAAUAAAUCAUUGAUUGACUGUAUAAUAGUGUAAGUGUUCACUAAAGUUUUUUCUAUGAUGUAACUUUUUUGGUCUUUAUAGUGCCUAAGAUUGUAGCCCCUCUUCAUGUGAUCCGAUAUUUAUUAAAAGAUUUUACGGAUUUACUGUUAGUAUGGUGGCGGUUCAAAAGUAAGGGUAAACCUUGUAAGAGAAGAGAGAAGGUUUACAACCAAACAUAAUUAAAUUUUGAUUUUUUGUGUUGACGUUUCGGCCUCUUUCGGAUGAGCUUAUCACCCUCAGGACUAAAUUAUUUUAUGUUAAGACACUGACAAUAAAAAGAGCAUCAGGCAUUAACGAGAAGUAUUCUUUAAAUGUAUUUUAUAAUUUUAAAUUCGGUUAAUUGUGGUUGGCUAUUAAGUUUAUACAGAGAGUCCCGGGGAAUGACCUCAUAGAGGUCGAAACGUUCACUUAAUUUAAACACGUGUUUUACAACAUUUUUAGCACGAAAUUAUUAAAAUUUGAUAUUUUUUACGCAAAAAGGGUGUUCUUGGUAUAAUAGCAAAGAAAAUACCAAUUUUUUAGGGCUCACUUUCGACCUGCAGUAGUCAUUGGAAUUAUUAAGAAACAUGCAUUUUUAUUAUUAUUUAUUCUUUAUUAAUCAAUCAAUUCUUACAUCGAUACAAAAUACAUAAUAUAAAUUACAAGAAUGUAGGAACAUCUUCAUAGGCAUCUAGGUGACUUAAAACCUGAAUGUGCCUAUUACCAGGAUUUUUUAAAUUAUACAUGAUUUAUUAUAAAUUGACCUCAAGUUAAUACGUUCACUCUACCUAAACUACGUAUUUAGAUCAAACUUAGACCUAUCCACUUUUAAAUAUUUUUUUAUUCAUUACAUAGAUACAAUUUCUGUGAAGAUUUCUUAAAUAUUUUUUUAUUUACUAUAUAAUAAAUAAUUCCCACAUUUUUUGCAUUUUUUAAGACAUAAUUAUCGGAUUUAUCGUUGAUUAUACCCUAUAUAAACCUCAUUUUAAUCCAUAAUUGUUGUUGAACUCAAAAUUUUAGUUAUUAAAACACUUUUCCAGUCAUUUUAAAUUCAAGGUGUAUUUUAAGUUUAAAUUUGACUUUCAUGCGUCCUUUCAAAUCGGUUAAUCCUGAAAAUAAGUAAAACAAACUGCAUGGUAUCAGUUCAUUCGUCUACUUGUCUUUCUUUAAUGUAUUUUUUUAAUAUUUAUAAUAUUUAUUAAAUAAUAUUUCGUUAAGUCUGUCUUUGUUCGAUAUAUUUAUUUUGUUCCUCGAACACAAAUUUCAACUGCCUGGAAGAGAUAAACAAUUAAUUCAGUUAACUGCCUGGGAUGAGGGUAAAAGAUUUCGGAUGUAAACGAUUGAAAUUCCUGAAGAAAUAUAACCUUGAGAUUAAUAAAUGAAGGAAAUGAAAAUGCCUGGAAAAUAAGAAAAAUCUUGGAAGAUGUAAAAAAUUAGUUUCAUUUCCUGGAAGAUGUAAAAAAAUGACUGAAAACUCCAUGAAACAGAGAAAAUAUAGAAGACGACGAGUGUAUUGAACCUGCAACUUCUGGAAGAUUUGUAGACAAGAAUUCCGUCAUUUUUUUGUCAGUACUAUUGUAUUUCCUAAGACAUAAUUAUCGUAUUUAUCGUUGAUUAUACAGGCCCAUUUUAAUCCAUAAUUAUUGAUUGAACUCAAAAUUUCAGUUAAUUAAAAAAAACCUUUCAACAAAUUGCAUUAGGGACACUUUAACCUUGAAACACUUUUCCAAAGCCAUUUUGAAUUCAAGGUGUAUUUUAAGUUUAAAUGUGACUUUCAUGCGACCUUUCAAAUCGGUUAAUCCUGAAAAUAAGUAAAACAAACUGCAUGGUAAAGGUUCAUUCGUCUACUUGUCUUUCUUUAAUGUAUUUCUUUAGUCGUUAAGUCUGUCUUUGUUCGAUAUGUUUAUUUUGUUCCUCGAACACAAAUUUCAACUGCCUGGAUGAGGGUAAAAGAUUUCGGAUGCAAACGUUUGAAAUUCCUGGAAAAAUAUAACCUUAAGAAUAAGAAAUGAAGGGAAUUGGGACAGGUAUUGACAAGUAAUUAAUAUUGCGUCAUCAUUUUUAUUAUUUUGGAAGUAAAAUAAAGAAAAAAUAGGUUUUGGGCCGUGGGGUUAAAAAGAUCUAGUAUUGUGGCAGUUAACAUGUUAAUGCGUCGACGGUUAUUGAUAGAGUGUACAAAGGCUUGUCCUGCCAGAAGCGCUUUUGGAAGUACUUUUGUACAGAGACACAUGCCAUGCCGGCAGGACUUUUUUCCGCUCAUAAGAUUAGCCUGCAAGCAGAACAAAACGUCCUUCUGGCAGUACAGGUGCAAAAUAAAAAAAUAAAACAUGCAGCCUCAUCGUCUUAAUCAGUGCAUGUCCUGCUGGCAGGACUCAUAUUUAGGCAUAUUUGUACUUCCAGAAGUUCAAUGUUUAAAAAAACGAUUAUUUUUAUUAACUUUAUCUUGAUAUGUAAGUACAAAAUAAAACAUUUUAAAUGAAACGGUAAUAUUUUAAUCAACUUAACAUAUAAGGAUUUUAUAAAAAAAAGGAAAUAAAUUUAUGUCGAUAGAAAAUUAGGCUGGUAUACCAUGCUGAAUGUGAUAUGUGAAACAAUUUCUUCCAGUAGUUGGAGAACACAUUACUGCUCGGAUUCCACAAGCGCUACAUCUGUAACUGGACCUCUGCUGCACAUUUCUUAUUCUACUGCAAAUAAUACACUUUCUUUGCACUCUUUGCCGAUCUUCCUUACUCAGGGCAAUGAGAGUGUGUUCUCCAAUCUUGUCUCGGGGGUAGCCGUGCUUCAUUAUGUACUUGCCGCGGAGGCAGUGGAGUUUCUACUACAGCCAGCACCUGUCCAUUGGUUAUUAAUAAGUUGUAAUGCCAAAGCUGCAGUAAAAUCAGAAUGCUUUUUAUUAAAAUCUUUUUUAAAAUAUUUAUACCCUAGAAAGGCAUUUGUCUCUAUAAUUCCAAACAUGCUAGCAAACAUUCUAUGCUGCCAUCUCCGAGUAUUCCAUGUAGUUUCUAAAGCUAAGCCGUUUUGACGAAUAUGGUUAUGAAUAUCGACUGCGGGGGCUCCAUCAAAAUAAUCCUCCACUAGCUUGAUUCGCUCCACUUAUGGUUUUUACCCGUUGGCAUCUGUCCUUUUUUUUUCUCGCAGGUUCACCUGGCAGAGUUGUACUGCAAGAACCUAUGAAUGUGUGAACCUUCUUCUUGUCGCGCCAAGCAACACAUGUUAGUUUGAUGUAUGGAUCUGCGAUCACACAGGUGGCAGCAAUAGACUUGCCUUUUUCUUCUGGGCAACGUAUUUUUGCCUCCUGUAUUGGAUAAUUUCGGGUUGCUGUUUUUACGAUUCCUAAAAAAUACAGGCCCCUUUUAUUGAGCUCUACAGUCGUCUUGACAGAAGCAAACCACGAGUCGCCUACUACAAUACGUCCAGAUCCAUGCCACGGACGGGUAAGUCUCAGAGUUGUCGCAGUUCCUGCGCCCAGUUCUCGUUGCCAUUCCUUUUUUUGCAUUGCCUCUUUUCCUUCGUUUAUUUCAAGCCCUAUCAUGAUUUCAGACUGAACAUCAGCAAUGGUUUUGCUUUAGCAACCGACACCUUUUGGCUUUCUUUGUAUUUUUAUUACAGCUGGCAUACCAUCGCGUUUAUUAUGAAGUCCUUUUCCGUACCACGCAAACAUCGAUUCGUCGACGUUUACCUUAGAUGUUGUCAUAUCGAAGAACACUCUGACUUGGUACCAGUUAUCCAUAUUUUCUUCAUUGUUAAGUUCUUCAGCAGUAGGCAUUGCAAAUGCCAGGCAAUUGAUGAUUUCUUCGAAUCGAUGUAAUCCCAUCCCAAACCUUUGACCAAAAGCAGGAGCCGGAAACAAACCAGAUUCGGUACUCCAAUAAUCUCGCUUUGUAUGCAGUGAAUUCAGAGUCUUCGCAUACAUAAUUCCUAAAGCCUUGUACAGUAAGUAGGGUGGAGCGAAAACUGGACCAAAAUAACUAAUUUUCGAAAACGAAUAUGCCUGGGUGUGCAAAAGAUGCCUUUCGGGGUUCUUAUUUACCCAAAAAAAUCCGAAUGACUUAUGACGAUUCCAUUGGCUGCCGAAAUGACCUUGAAAAUUUUAAAAUUAAAAAAAUCUGCAAAAAACCAAACAUGCAGCUCUCAGAUAGUUUUUCAUGAAAUACUACCCAGAACUCACCACGUGGAGGUGGCUGCAUCUCGAGUUCUACCCUACCCUCCCACCCUUAGAAUAAUUUUUUUUAUUUUUUCUGUUCUAGAACUGCUAAGAAUUGUUUUUUAGUAUCAAAUUGCGGCUUGAUUCAAUACGAGCUCUAAUAAAUCGGUCUUGUGCUUCAGGGUCAUAAACCGCCAUAGAGGCUUCAGUAAUUAACUUAACUGCUCGUUCAACUGCCUGUGAAUGACAAGGGAAUUUUAAUAACACUAUUUCAUCAGGAACCAAAGAAAUCAUAUUAGUUCUUCGUUCGAAAUUUCCAUUGUUAAUGGGGGCUCGCUUAUAACAACAUUUUGCCAGUCAAUUAAGUCGACAUAAUCUUGACGAUCAAAAUUCAAUUUAUUCACGCGAAAUAUUCUAACAUCCUCGGUUUUUGCGGUUGAUGAAUAUUUUAAAAUCCUUCUUAAAGCUAACUCUCGAAUAUGUUUUCUAUCAUCUCCUAACAUGGCGAAUAAAAUAUUUUCUGGGUGCGCAAAAAAUCCAUUUCUCUCAAUUACGGGAUCAAUACCUUUUUUUAUUUCUUCAGGGAGGUAACGUGAUUUAUUUAUAAUGCUAAACAAGUGCCUAGCACCAUCCUUACAAGACCAAUGGCAUUUAAUUUGAUACCAGCAUACGGCAUACACUUUUACUAUAAACUCUGUUAACAUUUUAAGGUUUUGAGAGGGCUCAUUGGUAGCAACGUAUUAGGACUCUAUUGGCUGUGGUAAGCCAUCUAGAGCGUGACAUUUGCCCUGGCGCUUUUAGAGCCCAAUCGUCUUUUAAAACUCCAGUAGAGAUUCCUUGACACAUCUCAUAUAAAUACUUUUCAUCGGUACUUACGGUUUCUAGAUCAACUAAUGGUAAAAUUGUUUCAAUUUUCUCAAACUGUACGACUGGUAAAUUUUCACACGAUUCAAGGGUCUUACCAAUGGCUCCCGCAAAUCCUUUGGGCCCACUAGUUUUUCCGUCUAAAUAGUUAAUCAGGUGGCGCAGGGGCAAUUCGUUAGUGUGUAAUAAACAAAUCAUCCUGCAGGUACAGGAGCAAUGGUCUUUUUAAAUCCGAUUCAAAAGUUCGAAUCACUCCGUUUUUAAAUCCGGUAUUUACCACGGUUCCGUCACAACCAAUGGCCACAAGUUUAUUUAAAUCAAUAUUUCUUUGUAAAAAGUUGAUUAUCGAUGUUUUAAUUGCUUUGGCAUUCCCAGAUGUUGGACUAACAUGUCCAAAAUAUCUCGAUCCUGGUUCAGAAACUAAAACAUAAUGUUCUUCAACAACUGUUUUUUGAUAAUACUUGUCUCCUAUUUUCUCUUGGAUUAACGUCUUAUCUCUGCGGCCGUCAAAAUAUAUUGCCUUAACUUCAUAAGAAUCAUCGUCAAAUUUUCUUUUCAGGUUUGUGCGACUUUUGAUUCUAGCCCUCCUUAUUUUACUACGAUCUACAAUUUUUGAAGAAUCAGUCGAUGAAUACAAUACCAACGUCUUUUAGUAUGGCACUUACUAUAAUUGCCGCUGAUCGGUUUAUUAAUUUCUUGAUAAUUAUUUCCGUUUAUUGUAAUGUAAAUAUUCAUAGUUCAUACGCCCGUAGGCAAAUUCUCGGGCAUUGCAUCUGGCUGUAUCUUUCCUAGGUUGUUCGGAUUCUAUCUUUAUUAAUUGAAAUUUUGAGGAGGUUUCGGUAGCCGAAGAUAUUGUUUUUGGACGUUUAGUUUUUUUUGGCUCACGUGAGAGUACAAUAGGCACCUUUUAAACAUACAGGGUGGUUAAAUUUUAAGAAAUAAAAAAUUCGCUAAAUUAAUAAAAAACAUAAUAAUUUCCGAAAUUUUAAGGCACUUUCGGCAGCCGAAGAAGUUGUUUUCUGACGUUAAGUUUUUUUUUUUUGGCUUACUAACGACUACAAUAGGCACCUAUUAAGCAUACAGGCUAAUUAAAAUUCCAGAAAUCGAAAAUUUGCUCCACCCUAUUGUACAGGUCGCCCUUGGUUACAGCUCUUCGGCGCUCCCUCAAUCUUGCAUUGGUACUUUGAAUAAUAGGAUCUAUAUCUUCAGAGGGAAAAAAUGCUAGCCAAAAAUCUAACUCAGUCAUGUUUGGUAUGUUAUUAACAUGUAAUUGGGGCUUAUAUUGCGCAUCUUUGAAAGCAUUGAUGGUCACGGUUUCUUCAAAAGUCCAGGUACAGUCAUGAACUGUUACUUGAUUACUGUGAAUAACUGGCAUAUACCUCUAAGAUUCUGUCUCCAUGGUGGAUACUGCAUCGUUGUCAGUUGAAUCUGAAUCAGAUGAUGCAGAGGAAGACGAAGAUGACGUUUGGUGAGGCUCAUCAUUACAGCUGGAUAUCAUGGCAUCAGUAAUUUUGCGUUUGAGUGGUGGGGCUUUUGUCUCUAAUACGCCUUGAAAGAAAAAUAAAAUUAAAAAGAAUGGCAAUUACGGGCUUUUUUAGAAAACGCUUGGAUGCGUUGAUUCUAUUUACGAGUGGGACGCCUAAUAUUUACAAAAUCACCCUCAUCAACAAAGUUUUUUUCAACACUAAAAUCUUACCCAUUCCCAAAAAUUUAAUUUGUUUUUCAUGAAAAGAGUAUUUUAGCCUUCAUUAAACUUUCCUAAUUUUUAAAAAACAUGUACCUGUAAUCCUUACCAAAAUAAUAUUGGCUAGCUCCCUGAAUAAAUAAAAAACGGGAAUGUAAAAAUUCGCCGAGAUAAAAUACAAAUAAAAUCCUGUACCUCUAUUUGCUCUAAAUUACAAACAUAUGCCACUAAAAACUUACCGUUAUUAGCAAGUCGCAGAUGUUUGCAACUAAUUUUUGUUUGGUUUCCAUCUAAUUCCCACUCUACUAAUGCCAUAUUUGUUGUUUUAACAUUUUUUUUACAACGCCAUAACACACUGAAGUUCGCCAUUUAUCCCCAAACUGUGAUUUACUCCACGAAUAAUCAUUUUUUUGAAUCAAAAACCGUAGCGGGUGUAAAAAUACGACUGCCGACUUCCAUUUUUCACGCGUAACUAAUUGACAAGUUUAAACUCUUAUAAAAUCGGACUCAAUACAGAUAUUGACGUCAUUCAAAAAUGCGCUUGUAGGACAAUCUUUUACAAAUCAGAAUAUAUGCACAUUUGUCCUGCUGGUAGGACCUAAAGUCCUAAUAUUUAGCGAUUUCUUACGUAAUCAAAUGUGCCCCAUACGUCCUGCCGGAAGGCCGCUGUACAUUCUAUCAUUAAUAAUAUAACGUAGUAAGUCUAUAAGAAUCCUAGUACUGUAAAUUACUCUUAUUUCUUUUAUAUUUAGACAAAGCUCUGUUACAAGGAUGCAUAAGAAUAUUUAAUGUUUGGAUUAAUCCAGGGAGCUUCCUUUUUUUGUAGUUUGAGCGCAUGAAAUGUAAUAGCGAAUGAACAUCAAAUAGUAUAGAACACAUAUUAUCAAAAGGUUUCAAUUCACCUAAUGUUUCCUAUUAAAUUUAAACCAGAAUACAUUUUUUUAAACAGAUCAAAUUUCAACAAUUUCGUGCCAUAGAGUGAGACGUGAAAAGAAUAAGGACAUUUAAAUGCUUCUCCUGACUUAAUUCACAAUUAUUUAUAUAUUUGGUUAUAAAACUUCUUAUUUCUAUGCAAAGUUUACACUUACUAAACCCCAUAUGGACUCUUUUUUAAAACGUUACAUAUUCGAGCCCAUAUUUUGUCUAAUCAUCGUCCAAAUGCCCCUCCCCCUAAAAAAAAAAAUAAAUAAAUUAUUAGUGGAACUUAUGAUGCUGUGAUGUAUAUGAAAGAUUUUUAAUUGAGAGCAGGGCGCUUUGUUUGGGAUGUAAUGGACAAUAAUGGGUGUUUCAAAUUCUUUAUAAAAUUUACUUUAUUACGGUGCAAUACUUGGUCAAAGUAGAAACACCACCGUGCGGUUUACUUUAUACAAUCAUGCAUGUAGAAAUAUUGUUUUCUUUUUUAGGAUAAUGUUUUUUUCAUUUUAUAUUAUGGCAUUUCGAAGUUAGCGUAGAUCGAUUUCAUGCGACGUCACGAUUCACUACUCUGUAGACCCCGUUACUGGGUGUCUACGUUUCAGGAAUCCGUGUACAUUUUAUAGCAUUGUAAAUAUUUUGUAAAUGAAGAAUAUACUAAUGGAAUUUGUAAAUCUCAUUCGCAUUAAUAGGGAAAAAACGUUACAAAAAAAAACUAUUUAAAGAAAAGUACAAAGUGCACCGAUAACUUUUUUUUUUUAGUAAUAUUCUUCGUUAUUGUACAGGGUGUAGCGAUAAUAAUAAAAUUUCAAACCAAAUCAGCUUUUUGUUGUUUUUGUCUAAAAUUUGGCGACUUUGGGGGGGACAAUCUUGGGGUUGAUGUUAACGGACACCGAAGAUUGCGCUAUAUUACGUCUCUUGUAACAUAAGCAGUUCUUACCAAUGUAGCGGGCUUUACAUAUGUUGUAAAAACUGUUUGUACUCAUGUUUCUUCGACUAUAAAAUGGUCAUAAGUACGUUAGUUAUAUGUAAACAAAACUAUAAAUGUAGGGAUUUAAAGAAUAAUAAAUAUUAUUGUGAAAUUA